AUGAGGAGAAGGGGCCAGGGGUCCUGGCUGGCUUUUCCAGACAACCAGUUGGAGGGGGCAUUCUGGGCUUACUGGGAGGACAGCUCUCGGCCGAUUGCUGUGCUGCUGUCCUUCCUCAUGGCAGUCACCUGGCCUGUGGGCCUGUACAACUGCCUCGGCAACUGCCACUGGUCGAGAACAGCGUGCGCGGCAGUUGCUAUUAUCCAGGGAGGAUGUGCUGCAGAGCACAUGGUGUUGCAGUGGCUGCUUUCAACCCGGUGGCGGUUUUUACGGUUGCGGGAGAAGACCAAAGCGUGGUUUUUGCUUGGGGACAUCGUCGCCUGCAUGUUCAUCAUGAUGCUUGUCAGGGACAUGGAUGAAGUUCCUGGGGCAACGCAUGCGGCGGCCUACAUGGUGCACGGCUGGCAGAUAUUCUUCAUCCAGCCGAGCGUUACAACCAGCUUCCAUCUGCACCUCCUCAACGCCCUGGGAUAUGCCAUGGUGGAGGUUCAUCUGGGGGUGAACAUGGGGGGAUCUCAUUUGCUGCGAGGGGGACUGCGGCGCUUGAUCAGGCUGGCGGUGCUCUUUGCAGUCCUGCCCUUCAUGGCCAGCGCUGCAUGCGAGCUUAUGCUGCGGCGCCGGUUCCUGCAGAAGCACAGCCCGGCUGCGCGCCACGCCUCCGGCCGGAGCACUCGAUAG